UUUCCCUCAGUUGUCUUUCUUCCCUUUCUAUCUCUCCCUCUGUGUUUGUGGGGUUUCUGUCCCCUCCUUGCUGCCAAGCUGGAUUUCCUGCAGGUGAAGCAUCUGAAGAGGAAGAGGAAGAGCAACUACAGUGUGAGAGAAACACAGACUCUCAUCAGGGAGAUCCACAAGAGGAGGGACGUGUUGUUCUCCAGACAGCAGAACACAGCCAUUAAUGAGCUGAAGAGACAGGCAUGGGAGGAAGUGGCACGAGGUGUGAAUUCGCUGGGGGAGGGAGAGCUGCGCACUGCUUCUGAGGUGAAGCGUCGCUACCUGGACUGGCGUGCACUUAUGAAGCGAAAACAGCUUCAGGCUGAGCUCUCCCUGUCCUCCUCUUCAUCCUCGUCUGUGGCCCUGAAGACUGAGUAUGAUCUGUCCUCCCCUGAGCACGAGGCAGCUUCUCUGGGAUCUGGGUGUGACCAGCUGCUCGACCUCUCAAGCCUCCCAAAGGAUUGUCACUGUGACUGGCCGGAGCUGGCAGCUUUCAGUGAGCCAAGUGGUCAGGCCAUGAUGGCGGCGCCGGGUGUGAAGAUGGAGGAUGACGUCAGAGAAUACAGACUGGAUGGUGAUUGUGAUGUGGGAGAUGGAGAAGGAGAAAUAGAUGAAGAUGAUAUUCCCUCCCUUCUCAGCGACAUCGAGUCCCGCAGUGAGGGGCACGUAGGCGAUGUUUACACCCACAACGAGAUGGGCGUGCUCAGCUCCUCCAAGGCCCCGACCAUCACCUUCAACAGAGACCACCCACUUGCUAGUGGCCUGGCGGGGAUGCCAGCCCAUGCUCUGGGUGGGCUAACCAGUCACGAAAACGUGGGAGCUGGGUUUCUGGUUGCGGUUGAGAAACAGCGACUGGAGCUGGAAAAACAGCGCCUGUCUGUAGAAACUGAACGCCUGGCGGUGGAGAAAGAGCGGCUGGUGGUGGAGAAGGAGAGGCUUCGUCAGAUGGAGGUAGAGAGGGAGAGGCUGCAGCUGGAGAGAGAGCGGUUACAGGUGGAGAGGGAGCGGCUGAGGCUUCUGCUCCUCAGCCAAUCAGAGCAGGUGGACUCCUCCUUUAACCUGCCGCCACAACAGGGCCCGCCCUCAUCCUCCACAUCUUCUUUAUCCUCUACUCACGAUGGACAGAGGGAGCAAGAGAAAGAAAGUAAAGGCUGGAGGUCAGUGGUGGAUCUGGAGUGUGAGAGGCUAAAACUAGAGAAGGAAAGGCUGCAGCUGGAGAAAGAGAGGCUGCAGUUCUUCAAAUUUGAAGCUGGCAGACUGCAGAUUGAGAGAGAGCGCCUCCAAGUGGAGAAAGAGAGAAUGCAGCUGCACAAAGAUCAUCAGGGCCACUGA